UCUCCAAAGAGCAUCAUGACUCUCAUUUCUCUGCUUCUGCUGGCUGCUCUGCUGCCAUACCUGAGCCACUCUGCCAGUGUUAAUGUUGGUAUAGUGAAUGGUACAGAGGCUAAACCUCACUCCAGACCCUACAUGGUGUCUAUCCAGAAAGAUGGAAGACACAUCUGUGGCGGCUUUCUUGUGUCUAAAAAAUUCGUCAUGACGGCUGCGCACUGCUGGAAGAACGAACCGAAGCUUACAGUAGUGCUGGGUGCUCAUGAUCUGUCAAAGAGCAGUGAAGGCUCCUUCCGCAUGGAUGUGAAGUUUUACUACCGCCAUCGGCAGUUCAAUCCACACACUUUAGACUACGAUAUCAUGCUAUUGAAGUUGCGUAGAAGAGUCAGAAGGACCAGAACUGUCAGCUGGAUCUCCAUCCCUCAAAGAGAUGAGGACAUCCCGGCCAACACGGUCUGCAGUGUAGCUGGCUGGGGACGCACAGGAGCCUUUAGACCCCCAGCUAACCGUCUUCUGGAGACACGAACCACGAUCAUAGACAGGAGAAGGUGUGCUUACUAUUGGAACAAUUUAACCCAAAGGAUGGUGUGUGCACAUUAUCCUGGAGGAUCUUGUCAGGGAGACUCUGGAGGUCCUUUGGUGUGUAAUAAUGUUGUAGUGGGUAUUGUUUCUUUCGGUGAGCAGCGCUGUGAUUCAACAGCAAGGCCAAAUGUUUAUGCCAGAAUUUCCGCCUUCCUGCCCUGGAUCAGGUCCAUUAUCGCAAGAGGGUAGUCUGCAAAAGAACCAAAAAGGAAGCACUCAGCUUCUUUCAUUUCAAUUAAAGCAUUU